AAGGCAGGGAGUCAGGAACAGCUCUCUCUCCCUUUCUUUGUAGGUAAAUCUUCAAAGUAAUCCUACAGUGAUUACUGCCAGUUUAAAAUAUUGAGGAUUUUUUAAACCUCACAAUAAUGUAAGUUUACCUACAAUAAACAGGUAUCUUGAAGCCUACUUCGGAGUUUAAUUAUUUCUUAUUUACACGAACCUCCCCGUUAUGGAGAAGACGACAAACAGGUACUGCCAUAUUCCUUAUUGCCAAGUCUUCCAGCAGCAAAUAAAAAUCAUGCAUCUGUUCCUCCUUUCCAUUUUAUCUUUGCUAUUGAAACGCACUGGCAGCAGAGAAGUUAUAUUUGGUCAUAAUCAUUUCACAGAAUAUCAAGUGGGCAACAUGAACGUGAUCCUCUCUGUCCCACAUGGUGGGUCAAUGGAACCUGAAGACAUCCCUGAUCGAGAGGCUGGCUGUUGGGAUGCAGAGAUAUCUUCUUGUAUUUUCUCUCAUGACUGUCCUCCUGGAAGCAUUCAAGACUAUAAGAAGUGCAAAGUGUCUACCAACCAAGACAGGUAUACCAUAGAAGUGGCUCAGGUUCUUGCUGAAGAAAUCAACAAGAUUACUGAUGGCUUCUUCCCACAUAUCAUUAUAAACCACCUACAGAGGUUCAAGAUGGAUGCUAACAGGGAAAAGGAAGAAGCCUCCUUUGGAAUUCCCCAAGCAGAACAGGCCUGGGAGGAUUAUAUGGGAUUUUUGACCACUGCAAAAUCACAGAUGGCAAGGGGCCUGAUUCUAGAUAUCCAUGGACAAGCACAUCCUGAACAGUGGAUAGAACUAGGCUAUACACUUUCAAAAACUUCCCUUAACUCAGGUGUCUUUUCUGCGUCAUGUUCCUCCAUUAGGUAUCUGGCCAAUCAGCUAGUUAGUGUGUCUUUUGAGACUCUGCUUGCAGGGAACAGAAGUUUGGGUAAAUAUAUUGAAGAACAAAAUAACAGUUAUGUUUGUGUGCCUUCUCCAUCCAAUCCUAGCCCCAAUAAUGGGAGCUAUUAUAGUGGUGGAUACAUAACAAAGACUUUUGGCUCCCGUGAUUCUGGUGCUGUUGAUGCCAUUCAGAUUGAGCUACCCCAGUGGGUUAGGGCACCUGAAGAGCGCCUCGGAUUCUGUAAAGCAUUAGCAAGAGCUGUAAUGAAAUUUUGGCAAACUAAUUACUGCAGCCAGUCCAACCAUGAGUUUCUGCCAUGCUGAAAGAGGCUCUCUUAAGAUACCUUUCCAUACUAUAGUAAUGAUCUGGAACAACAAAACAACUCAUACACCUGUAACUCUUAAACCUGCAAUAUAAUUCUGGAUGCUGGAGGAGAGACACUAACCUCCAAAGACAGACAUUACCAGAGAAAAUUCACAGAUAAUACCCAACAAAUCAGUUAACAAACAGCUUUGUACUAGAUCCAGCAUUGAAAAGACUGCCUGAAGGGUAUCUUUGGAAGUAUCACUUGUCUGAUAUGCUUUUCUAUUCUUAGCUUCUUCCCAGCAGUGUCCUCUCUCCUCUAAGAUACAAUAAACAAUUAUUCUUCUAAAUAAUUCCUUGUAGUACGGUGUCUUAGUAGAUUAUCUGUUCAAAGAAAUGGAGUGUCUUUUCUUUUCUUGCAACACUUAAAACAACAACAACUGAAUAAUACCAUUGUUUAAAAUGUCUGGGGCCAGGACUAAUUUCUGUUUGGUGUCUUUAAAGCGUUAGGAGUUGGAACUCAACAAGUAAACUAAUGCUGCGCAGUGACAUACAGUCUGAACUACUUCAGGUUUUAUGUAAUGAAUUAAGAAAAAAGAGAGCAUUAAUAUAUAGUGCUGUAGUUUUGUCACGAUUUAAAUAGCACAGCAAUAAGGUAGUAAUUGGAUGGAAGGCUGCUAAAGACAACAUGUACACGUCAUGCAUUUUAGACAG